AUGUCAACAGCAAUUGACAAUAAUAAUACAUCAUCACUCAACAAGGAGGUGCAGGAUGAUGCAAGACCAGAAUCAAAAGACACUACUACCAGCACAGGAUCAUCUGUAUUUGAUAGUACUACUGACGACAUCAAAUUACGUCAAAAGAAGAAGAGAUCUGCUACACAAGAUUCAACAUCUUCAGUUACUUCACAAAUGAGUACCACUUCAUCAACCACAUCCACUGGAUCGAUCCUGUCUACAGAAUCAACAACACUGUCAUCCACUAGAAGAAGGUCUGGAAGGGGUGGUGGUCGCAAACACAAGCACAAAAAAGGGCCAUACUUAAAUGUUGCACCAUUAAACACUCCAUUAAAACAUCGACUUGAAACACUUGCAGUUGUUUGGCUUUGUAUUAGUAUUCCUGCUUUCAUAACUAUAUUCUUCAUUUGUAUUUCAUUAGGUUGGGUUGUUUGGCUCACUGUUAUCUUACCUUAUUUCAUUUGGUGGUAUGGAUUUGAUUUACAUACUCCAACAAAUGGUAAAGCUGCUUAUCGUGUUCGAAAUUCCAUGAAAAAUUUCAUAAAUUGGGAAUGGUUUGUUAAUUACUUCCCUAUUAGAGCUCACAAAACAGUUGAAUUGGAACCAACUUUUACCAAAGUUCUUGUUGAACAAAAUGGGACCAGUUCGGAUAAUGAUGAUGAAUUGGAUUUGGUUUCAGAGGAUUCAACUACUGUAUUAGAUAAUAUUUUCAAAUUCAUUGGAUUGAAAAAGAGAUUGAAUCGAAGCGAUGAUAACGUUCUGGUUAAAUCAAAUGGCAGUGGCAGCAGCGGCUCUCGCAGAUCAUCAUCACCGCCAACAGCUAUAUACAAACGAGUUCUGACCGGGCCCAGGUACAUCUUUGGCUACCACCCCCAUGGAGUUAUAUCCAUGGGAGCGGUUGGGCUUUUUGGAACAAAUGCAUUACGAAAUGAACCCUAUGAACCAGUUCACAAAUGGUUAAAGCCUUUCUUCCAUGAUCCAUCAAAAUUCCAACCAUUGUUUCCAGGAAUUGGGCAAAUUUUUGCCCUUACUUUAACUACUCAAUUCACAGUUCCGUUUUAUCGUGAUUAUUUAAUGAGUUUGGGAUUAUCUAGUGCUUCAGCAAAGAAUAUCAAAAGUUUAAUUAAUAAUGGAGAUAAUUCUGUUUGUCUAGUUAUCGGAGGCGCAAAGGAAUCGUUAUUGAAUACAACUGUAGCAAAGAAUGCAAGAGUUGGAUAUGGAUAUAAAGGUAGCGAACAAGAAGAGCAUGAGGAGGAUAGUGAAGAUGUGCAAGAGGAAUCGAAAGAAAAGAGUCAUGAAAAUGAAGAAGGCGCAGAAGAAACGGGUGAUUCCCAGGAACCCACAACGGAACAGAAUACUGGACAAUCUCCAGAUACAUCCCCUAAAAAACAAAUCAAAUUAGUUCUCAACAAUCGUAAAGGAUUCGUCAAGUUGGCAAUAGAGUUGGGCAAUAUCAACCUCGUCCCCACAUUUGCCUUUGGUGAAGCUGACGUAUAUGACAUAUCAAUCCCUAAACCAGGUUCAUUGGGCUACAAAUUCCAACAAUGGAUGAAGAGAACAUUUGCAUUUACAAUUCCAUUUUUCAGUGCACGAGGGGUAUUCAUUUAUGAUUUUGGUUUAUUACCUUAUCGGAACCCCAUAGAUAUUGUUCUUGGUCGUCCAAUUCAUGUUCCUGCCGGAGUAUUGCAAGAAUAUCGUGCACAACACCCCGAGGAAUUUGAAGAUGAAGUAAAGGAGAAACAACAGGAAGAAAAAGAAGAAAGAAAGGGUAGUGAGGAAUCAGCAUCAGGUAUGCGGAGAUCAAGUUCUUUUACGGAUUUUUUGAAAUUGUCAACAAAAAAGAGUUCUUCAGUUAAAACGAAAAUUCCUCAGAAAUUGUUGGAUAAGUAUCAUAAAUUGUAUGUUGAUGAAUUGAGACGUGUGUAUGAGGAGAACAAGGACAGGUUUGGAUAUGGAGAUGUCGAAUUAAAUAUAAUUGAUUAG